UUACGUAAAAUUUGGACCGUGAACAGUAAUACUUACGAGUGACACUUGUGUAGGCAAUGUUUCUUAUGUCUUUCAGAGCCGCCAAGAAUGUUUAGGGUGUAUGUCGGUAAUUUGAACCCGGAGGUCGAUGAAGGAACGCUGCGUGGCCUGUUCGAAGAACGAGGAGUACAGACAGGCAACAUAUUGGUGAAGAGAAAAUACGCGUUUGUCGACUGUCCAGACAAGGAUAACGUCGAUAGGGCCAUUGAAAGUUUAAACGGAUACAAUUUAAUGGGCUCCAACAUGCAGGUGGAACCAUCAAUGUCGCGUAGAAGAAGGUCCAACAAGCUUCAAGUCAAAAACCUGCCACACCUAUCCAGAGAUGAGUUGGAGAGUUUUCUUGGAAGUUUUGCCAAUUUAGAGAAGGUUGAACAAGCUGGAGCUGAAGGUCUUGUCUAUGUACAAUACAGCAAUGCAGAUGAAGCACAAAUAGCAUAUAAUCACAUCAACGGUUAUGAUUGGAGUGGUACAGUAUUAAAAGCCGACUUUGCCAGUAACAGAACCCGUAAAACAUUACGAGAACCAAAUAUGUCUAACUCAGGUGGUGGUGGAGGAGGCAGUGGUGGUGGCAACGGUGGCGGCCCUAACCGUCAAGUAGAGAUGCCACUACGUAUACUUGUAGGCAGUGAAUUUAUCGGUGCCAUUAUUGGUAAACAGGGACAAACAAUUCACAACAUUACCUCACAAACCAAAGCAAGAGUGGAUAUUCACCGCAGGGAUGGUCAAGCAGUAUCAACUGAAACUCCAAUCACAAUAAAGGGCAGUCCAGAGAGCUGCUCAGAAGCCUGUAAAGAAAUGAUGACAAUAGUUCAAACAGAAGCCCAGAAAUACAACAAAGGUGAUUACCCAUUCAAAAUUCUAUGUCCAAAUCAUUUAUGUGGGCGCAUCAUUGGAAAACAAGGCAAUGUCAUUAAAAACUUCAUGGACAAGACAAACACACAUAUAGUUGUAUCCAGUGCCGGAGGUGGCCAGGGUGUGGCUGAUGCAAAUAACAUGUAUGUGGAUCGGGUUGUGACCGUAACUGGAUCAGUCGAAAAUGCAAGUCAAGCAGAGAGCCUGUUGUCAGAGAAAAUGAGAAGGUGUUUCGAUCAAGAUCAGCAUGGAUAUAUGGGACAGAUCAGCAUGUUUGGUGGGAUGCCCCCCAUGGCUCCAGGAAUGAUGCCAGGUUUCAGUAAUUACCAAGGAGUAAGGCCACCUUUUGGACACUACCCACCGCCCAUGCAACAAGAAGGUUACUACCCUGGAGGGAUGGGAUAUGGAGGCAAUGCACCUAUGCCACCACCAGAACUAGAGGUGACCUACCUAUAUGUUCCUGAGAAUACUGUUGGAUCUAUCAUUGGAAGCAAGGGUGCCAAUAUAAAGGAUAUCAGUAAAUCAACAGGAGCAAGAGUGAAGAUUAUCCAGCCAAAUGCAAAGGAGUCCAAUGGUGAGAGGAAUGGGCAAAAUAUCCAAGAGAGGCGUUGUAUUAUCACAGGUUCUCCAGAGGCCCAGUUUCAGGCACAUUUCCAGAUUUUCGACCGCAUCAAGAAGGAAGGAGGUUUCUCUAGAAUGGAGGAUGUUCACCUGAGAUCAGAAGUCAUGGUACCAAAAGGCAUGAUAGGACGAAUCAUAGGAAAAGGAGGCCAAAAUGUCCGUGAAAUACAGAGAGUAAGUGGUGCUAUUGUUAACCUGCCAGAACUUAACAAUCAAAAUCCCUCAGAAGAUGGAGAGGUACCCGUCUCCAUCAUUGGUCAUUUCCAAGCCAUGCAGGCAGCCCAGAGACGUGUACGGCAGCUAGUAUCCAACUCAUCAAUUCCACCUAAACGCAGGCCUAGUCAGCGUGAGCAGAAUGGCAAACAACAGAUGUAGAGCUGCUCACAAGUGAACUUUGACCCCAAGGGCCAUUUAGGGUCAGGACAUGAGAUGCGUAACACCAGAACAAGUUGGCUGCGAAAUGAUAAAAUUCUUUCCUUCCUUUUAUCUUGAUCUUAAAACAAUGUCCUUUAAGCUGCUCUCAUUCUCUCCCAGUGUUUCGUGUCAGUUAACUGACAUGGUUAACCAAAACGUCCUUUGUUAUGUCAAAGGCAUCAAAAUAAUUCACUGCAUUCUAUUAGAUCUUUUCUUGCUCAGAAUUGAGUAGGUAUUUCGUGUGACCAACUUGGAGGUUUGCGGUAGGAUGAGAGAGAUAUAUUUAUUAUACCUAGUGUAUUUAAGUUGGAACAAAUUUUAGACCAUUGUUGAUGUUUUCAAAUAUGCUAUGGUCUUUUUUUGUAAUAAAAUUUAUUUUUGAUACUUGUUGAGGAUUUUUUGUUAGAAUUUUUAUGACCUGUUUAAUAUGGGCAUUUUUAUUUGUCCGAUUAAUAUUAUUAAAGAGGAAAAUAGUAAAAAAAAAAUAACAAAAACUGAACCACUUCCAGCAAUUAAGCAAAUUCUAAAUCAGGUCACAAAAAAAGUUUUGCCCGCAUAUUGAUUGUUCAUUAUGUAUUUUAAGUGUCUGCUUGACUUCUUCGCUCACAAAUAUUUUAUCGGAGAGUGUGAUGUGAAGUUAAUGUGAAUGGUAACUUAGCGUUGCUUCUCUCCGCCUGUUGUUAUAUUGUUCUCAGUGCUAUAAAUACUCGUUGGGAGCGAGGCAGCCAGGCACACACUCUUGGAAAGUGGACAAAAUGGAAAUGGGCAUACAAUUAACUGUAAUGAACUUACAUGCUGCAAAUAUAGGUCCUCCUCAACUUGUAAUUUAACAUGUAACAAAUUUCUUUCUCUGAUAGCAGAUUUUUGUCUUAUGAUUUAAAGGGCAGGGAUUACAAAAUGGAUGUUUGUGAUAACUUUUGAAGUCCCCCGCUAUUAUAUAAAUCAAAGAGCAGGGACAAGUAAUGAAAAUCGUUUCCCCUUCUGCAAGGUAUUUCCUCCAAGUAAUUUCAACUUAAUUCAAAAGAUGGCAGUACCAUUUUGAUGCCUUUUCUUGAAAGGUUCAAAUAGACGACAUGCAAGUACACUGCAUCGUUAAAGGAUACUUGUCAUCACCUGGUCCUAAUAUCACGGGAGAUAAUGUGGACACUUUACAAUUACAUCAAAAUGUGGAAAGAUUUAAUAGCAAAAAUUCAUUGUUAUUUUUUUUUUUUUUUUCGUUACUACCAACAUGUAUGUGUUGUCAAUACUGUCAUUGACAUCUUGUGUAAAAACUAUGAUCUAUAUAUAUAGUUAUACAUUGAAGCAUUUUGUAUCUAGCAGGUUUUUUUUCCUUUUAGUUAUUGAAUAAAUUUUUUUGCAACUGAUAUGUGCCGAAGAAAGUAAUGAAUAUUGAAUGAUGUUAAAUGUUGAACAAUUGGUGAUUCAAAUUUGGGUAAGAAAAAAAGAAAAUUACUAAAAAAAAAAAAAAAUAAUAAUCAGCAUACAUUUAACUUUUUGUUUUCACAGUUUUGUGUUUGAAAUCUUCAAGAGUCAAGUCAAUGUUGAAGUUCACUGUUUUUGACCAUUUAUGGUAGUUGGGUUAUAAAAUAUUGUGCUAGUUUUCAUUCAGAGUGUUGUCGAUAAUACCUGUUUCAUUUUAGUAUGGAUAUUACACAAUUGCAAAGAGCCAAGUCUUGGACGCUGUGUACUCGUAUAAAUAUUAUCUUGUACUUUUUUUUAGACUUUUUCCUAAAACAAUUUGCCCCCAUACACCCUUUUAUUAUACACUGUAUAGCAAGAUGCAUUUUAUGUUGUACUUUUUUUUCCUUUGACAAAUCCUGAAUAUGAUCAGCUGAUGAUGAGUAGCGAUAAAAUACCAAAUGAACUUCACCACAAAAUGCCCGUUAAUUUUCGCACCAUUGUGACUGCUCUGGUGUGGCCAGUACUGUUUAACCUAUAUAUAACCAAUUUGCUGAGUCAGUCACGAAAUGUGAGGUACGAAAGUUCCGGGCAUUCACAGAGCAGCAUUCAGACUUGGUGUUUCUACAAUAUAGACGGCCAGACCGGGCAUACAGUUCAUGUCAACUACCUCAUUACCCACGAGGAUUGAUUUGUGUAAGGCAUUAGCAUUUUACCACUGUAGAUUGUAUGUGUUUGUGAUGUUCAAGACUUGGCUCGCCUCGCCAGCUUUUGACAGGGCAUUUCUUUGUUGAUGACGUAAUAUGCAAUGUAGACAUUUGUCAAUCAUAUAACCUUUUAUGACUGUAGUUUCUGCUUAGUAUGAAAUAUGGAAAAUACCAAUAGAUUUUUUUUCCAUCACUAUACACAAAUAUUGUCAAAUGUAUAGUUUAACUUUUUUUGAGAACUUUUUUGAGUUGAUCUGUUUCAUUAUACAGACUGGUACAUAGAAAGCAGUAUUGCAUGUGAUGUAUCCAUCUUCAGUUCUCGUUUUCUUUUCUCCUGUGCCGAGACAUUUUGUGUACAUGAUGAUGAUGAUGAUGAUGAUGAGUUAAUCUUCGUAUCUUAUACCAACAUGAUGACGACAGGGAUGACUGUUGACCUCAACAACAGAAUUAACUUCACUAUCUGCUAAUUGAUACUGAUACAAUGUAGGCCCGGUAUACACCGUGUACCGGUGUGUGGGAAGUAUGACCAGCACGCUGUAGCAGACUGACUGACAGGGACAGAAUACCUAGUAGGAUCAACACUGCUGUAUCUGUUCUUGUCAAUUUGCAAUAUAACUUCUGUUUGUCUCCCUUUUCUACCAGGAAGAUUAAAAGUAUUCUAGUUUA